AUGCCUUUCCCAGACGACCCAGCACUAAUGAAAACAGCUGGAGACCUCGUAGCUAAAUUGAAGGAAAUCUUCCAAACACCUCCAGGAUUUCGGCCAGCUCACGCAAAAGGAGAAAUCCUCAGCGGAACCUUCACCCCAACCGCAGAAGCCUCCAAAAUCUCCAAAGCACCACACUUCAACAACACCAGCACCCCGAUCUGGGCACGCUUCUCCAAUUCCACCGGCUUACCCGCCAUCCCAGACACAGAUGGCAACGCCGACCCCCGCGGCAUGGCCGUCCGAUUCAUCCUCGGUGACCACAUCCACACAGACGUAAUCGGCCAUUCCACGCCCUUCUUCCCCGUUAACAAAGGCGAAGACUUCCUCGCUCUCCUCCAAGCCAUCUCGACCUCACCCCCAGACGCACCACACCCAACUCCAAUUGAGACGUUCCUAGGCUCCCACCCAGCGGCGUUGGCGUUCGUCUCAGCCCCUAAACCAGCGCCGAUCUCGUACGGAACAGAGCAAUACUGGGGGAUCAACGCGUAUAAACUCAUCGCGGAAGAUGGCAAGGAGACGUUUAUCCGCUAUCAAUUCAUCCCCGACGCCGGCGUAUCUACCUUCACCGCCGACGAAGUCAAAGACAAAGAUCCCAAUUUCCUGCACCAGGAACUCGAAGAGCGCUUGUCCAAGGGUGCGAUUGGGUUUAAACUCGUCGCGCAAGUUGCGGCAGAGGGAGAUCAGGUGAAUGAUGCUACGGUGCACUGGCCUGAGGACAGGCCAAUUGUGGAAUUGGGCAGUUUGAAGUUAGAGAAGGUGCUCGAGGACAGUGCGAAGGUGGCUAAGGUUACGAUUUUUGAUCCGAUUCCGAGGGUGAGCGGGGUGGAGGCGAGUGAGGAUCCGUUGUUGGAGAUGAGGGCUGCGUUGUAUCUUAUUAGUGGGAAGGAGAGGAGGGCUGCGUAG